AUGGCUGCGGAUAAAGCUCGGCUCUAUAUGGAGCAAUCGCUCCCUGAGCUUCAAGAACUCAAAAAGAAGAAAAUUUUCACCGAGGUGAGCGCUGUAGCCCUCCUACCCAUGCCAACAAACUAACAAUGCUCAGAAAGAAAUCAGUGAUGUGAUCAAGAAGCGUAAUCAAUUCGAGUUACGAGUCAAUGCCUCAGGAUGCAAUGCCCAGGAUUACAUCCGCUAUCUUGAAUUCGAAAUCAACCUCGACCAACUCCGCAAGAAACGAGUGAAGCGACUAGGUGUCAAACUAAACCGUAAUGCGGGCUCGGGCCAGCGCAGGAUAUUUUUCAUCAUGGAUCGGGCUACUCAGAAGUUUUACGGAGAUCAGGCGCUGUGGAUGCAGUAUAUUGAGUACGCCCGGAAGGAGAAAGCUGGGAAGAUACUUAAUAAGGCUCUUAUGAAUGUUCUCAGACUUCAUCCUACAGAGUCGCAAUUCUGGAUCUUUGCAGCGUCAUGCGCAAUUGAGGACAAUAUGGACAUUACGGAGGGUAGAAGUUAUCUGCAGAGAGGGUUGAGGUUCAACAAGGCUUCGAGGGUGCUCUGGGUAGAGUAUGCGAAGUUGGAGAUGGUUUUCGUUGCGAAGGUGCUCGCUAGAAGAGCAUUGCUGGGGAUUGACGGGCCUACAGUGGACGAAUAUGGGGCUGGGGAAGAGGACGGUGAUGGAAAUAUCAGGUUACCGCAAAUUUCGGCCGAAGAUAUCGAUCCCUCUUUAAAGAAGGACCACUCCCUCGAUACGGCGGCUUUGGAAGAUGUAGAGGCAAAUCCAGCUCUCAACGGUGCUGUUGCAUUGGCCAUAUUCGAUUCGGCGGUUAGAGAAAUUCCGGACGACGUCAAAUUUGCUGAGGAUUUUUUCAGCGUCUUUGCACAGUUCGGUCACCUACGUUGCGGGGUGAAGAUCCUUGAGCAUGUCAUUGCCUAUAGUCAGGAGAUCGCCCCCACAGCUCCCCAAACACUCUCCAUGUGUGUCAGACUGCCUUUACUUGGGGCCGACCCCACCGAACCAAUCUUCCCCAGCCGCCUUCGAGCUGCCAUUUCCGGGAUGGCCGAGGCUGUGAAAAUCGCCCGGGCAAAAGCGCCCCUAUACGCGUCCUUCGUAAAAUCUAUGGUUUGCAUAGCGACCCUCCAGGAAGUGGAUUCAGACAUCCGCAAGAUCACUACAUCGAUGGCGUUGAAGUACUUCCGGCAGGCAGAAGAGCAGGGGGAAAUCACCCCCGAAAUAUAUCUCUAUUUCGCAGAGCUGUGUGAGAAGAGCAACAUUAACGGUGUAGAUAUCAAGGGAACUUUAGAAAGGGGGGUUUCCAAAUAUCCCAAUCACGAUAGGUUACAGGUACUUGCGUCCCGAUCUCGAUCUCCAAAGGGGGCUAUUUGA